AGGGGUCCCGGCUUCCAGCGCGGGCUGGCGGGGGCGGAGCGUCGGGCCAGCUGAGCUAUCGGCUUGGACCGCGCCAGUUUGAAUGAAAGCGCCUCAAGAUGGCGGCAGCGGCGUCCAAGGCGCGUGGAGCUUGGUGUGUGCCUUGCCUAGUUUCACUUGAUACUCUUCAGGAAUUAUGUAGAAAAGAAAAGCUCACAUGUAAAUCGAUUGGAAUCACCAAAAGGAAUCUAAACAAUUAUGAGGUGGAAUACUUGUGUGACUACAAGGUAGUAAAGGAUACAGAAUAUUACCUUGUAAAAUGGAAAGGAUGGCCAGAUUCUACAAACACUUGGGAACCUUUGCAAAAUCUCAAGUGCCCAUUACUACUACAGCAAUUCUCUAGUGACAAGCAUAAUUAUUUAUCUCAGGUAAAGAAAGGUAAAGCAAUAACUCUAAAAAACAAUAACAAAACUUUGAGACCUGCCAUUGCUGAGUAUAUUGUAAAGAAGGCUAAACAAAGGAUAGCUCUUCAGAGGUGGCAAGAUGAACUCAACAGAAGAAAGAAUCAUAAGGGAAUGAUCUUUGUUGAAAACACUGUUGACUUAGAGGGACCACCUUCAGACUUCUACUACAUUAAUGAAUACAAACCAGCUCCUGGAAUCAGCCUAGUAAAUGAAGCUAACUUUGGUUGUUCAUGCACAGAUUGCUUCUUUGAGAAAUGUUGUCCUGCUGAAGCUGGAGUUACUUUGGCUUAUAAUAAAAACCAGCAAAUUAAAAUCCCACCUGGUACCCCUAUUUAUGAAUGCAACUCAAGGUGUCAAUGUGGACCAGAUUGUCCCAAUAGGAUUGUACAAAAAGGCACUCCAUAUUCACUUUGUAUCUUUCGAACUAGCAAUGGCUGUGGCUGGGGUGUAAAAACUCUUGUGAAGAUUAAACGAAUGAGUUUUGUCAUGGAAUAUGUUGGAGAGGUAAUCACAAGUGAAGAAGCUGAGAGACGGGGACAGUUGUAUGACAACAAAGGAAUCACUUAUCUCUUUGAUCUAGACUAUGAAUCUGAUGAAUUCACAGUGGAUGCAGCUCAAUACGGAAAUGUGUCUCAUUUUGUGAAUCACAGUUGUAACCCAAAUCUUCAAGUAUUCAAUGUUUUCAUUGAUAAUCUUGAUACUCGGCUUCCCCGAAUAGCAUUAUUUUCUACAAGAACCAUAAAUGCUGGAGAAGAGCUGACAUUUGAUUAUCAAAUGAAAGGUUCUGGAGAUAUAUCUUCAGAUUCUCUUGACCAAAGCCCAGCCAAAAAGAGGGUCAGAACUGUAUGCAGAUGUGGAGCUGUGACGUGCAGAGGUUACCUCAACUGAAUUUUCAGGAAAUUGAACUAAUUGUAGUUUUAUUUUUUCUAUUAAUAAUUUUUUUUUAAA